UACGGUUCUGUGGAAUUCAAAGACAUAUUAGUUUAUUCUGAUUGUCGAAUAGUCAAGUCCUAUGGACGUUAGCUGCGUGUGAAAGGAUCUUUUACCACGCUUUGAUUGAUGUUGUAUCGAGGCUAUUGUUACCACUGGCCGGACUGCUCCACUUACCUAAUCGGUUCUCAUGAUUUUGGACUCUUCCAUCCGCGACUGGCAUUCCUUGGCGAUUGGAUCCCACAACGAAGUAGGCUUCAAUGCCACUUUCAGCGAAGUUAGCGCUGGCGCGAUGCUCACGAGCACUAUCGCAGGUGUCUCUAUUUUUGGUAUUGCAACUACAAGGCCAAACUACCGAAUUCGCUUUGUAUUUUCCAUCAUAGAUGCCACGUGUGCCGUUUUGUCUAGACUAAUAUGUAUAACAGCUCGUAUAUUUGAUUAGUGCCUUCUAAUAGUUCGAAACUUGGAAUUUAUGACCAAGGACAUUCUAUUAGCUUAUUAUUCCUGCCUCUUUCAUGCAGAAUGUUCAAUAUUAGUCCCUCCAUUGGCACUUUUAGAAGUGCUUAUAGCCAACACCAGAUAAAUCUUCUUUAUCUUAGACUUCCUUGUUUUUUAUUUCUGAUCAUUUUUUAAAAUGUAAAUUAUGCGAGAUGGGCAUAUUUCUACUUACCUAAGUGAUAGAAUAUGCCGCAAAUUAUUAGUCCUCAAAUCUAUAAUUCGAUAGAAUAAUGAUUGGCAGCGAUUGAUUUCGUCAAUACUUUUUAUUAUAAGAAUGAUUUUCGACCUUUUUUUUUUAUGUUUUACAAAGUGAUAGAAUAGAAAUAGGCAAAGGCUAUUUCAAUAAAAGUACCUUAUUGCCUA